AUGACAUCCCAACUCGAAUUGCCGCCUGACCUAGAGACGAGGUCCGAAAAGAGAACAUACAUCCGCCAGAUAAUUGAUCUAGAGCCCAAUGCCUUCAAUUGGCUCGUUUGGGAAGUCAGCGCUUCUGGCUUCUUCACGGACUCAUAUAACCUCUUUGCCACUAAUGUCAUCCUCCCGUCUCUGGCCUUUGUGUAUUGGCCGGACAAUAAUGACCACAAAAAUGAGUCACUCAUCAAUAUCAUGUCGCUAGUUGGUGCGCUGGUCGGACAGCUUCUCUUCGGCUAUCUGGCCGACCGCCUAGGACGAACACGACUCUAUGGGAUUGAGUUGCUUAUUGUCAUUGUGACUACCAUUACAGUCUGCGCUGCUUCGCAAGGAGUGGACUCGAUCAGCAUUGUGGCUUGGAUUAUGGCAAUGAGAUUUGCCAUGGGCAUAGCCGCCAUCUGCACCGAAUGGGCCCCAACUCAAGCCCGUCCUCGGAUGAUGAGCGCUGUGUUUCUCAUGCAACCACUAGGGCAGCUCGUGGCACAGUUGGUUGGGCUCGCCGUUCUGGCUGGAUAUAACCGAACGAAUCCUCUGACGAAUUGCAUGGGCAAACCGGGGCAGGACCCAGCCUGGUGUCGAAGCCAGGUUGACAGUAUCUGGCGGUGGAUUAUUGGAGUUGGUGCGAUCCCAGCCGUGGUUGCCAUCUACUUCCGCUUCAAGAUCAAGGAUCCCGGGCUGUAUGACCUCGAUGUCAGAGACAGGGGCCAGAUAGCCGUCGAGAACACGCAAAAUCUAUACAGGGAAAAUCUCCGGGAACUACAGCAAAAUGCCACGGCUUCGGGGACCCGCCUACACCGAGUUGACUCGCUACCUGUCCAGCUCACCUUGCCAGACAUGAGGGACUACUUUUGGAAUCAGGGAAACUGGAGACUGCUCGCCGGCACAUCUGCAUGUUGGUUCCUUCUCGAUGUCGCCUUCUAUGGACUCGGAAUUGGAAGUCCUCAGAUCCUGGCCAACGUCUGGGCAUCCAGCCCCCCUACUGACGGCAUGGAUGUUAAUGCUCACAGCAGCUGGAAUCCAGGCUUGUCAAAUCCCAGCAUCUAUGAAGCUCUGCUAGAGAAUGCAGAGAGGAACAUCCUCACCGUCUGCCUUCCCUCUCUCUUAGGAAGCUUGCUGGUUAUAUGGCUCAUCGACUACAUCCCCCGGAAGCAGUUUCUCAUCUACUCUUUCCUUGCCCUUGCGUUGCUUAUGUUUAUCACCGGUGGUACCUUCCGGGCUGUGGCGUACACUGAAAGAUUCCCUGCUACAAUCGUCCUUGUUGCGCUCUGCAACUUUCUAUUCAACUUUGGAGCAAAUACUUUGACCUUUAUUAUCCCAGCAGAACUCUUCCCCACCAGUUACAGAGCCACGUGCCAUGGGAUCGCAGCAGCCAGCGGCAAGCUCGGCUCGGUCCUCGUGCAGGUCAUCCUGCCCUACAUGAAGUUUGAUGGCAGCCUUAGAAAUGAAAAGGUAUCCAAGCCAGGAAGCACGAGCCUCGGAUACGUCUUUCUCGUUUUCGGCGGUGUCAUGGCUCUGGGCGCGCUCUUCGCGUGGGUCUGGAUUCCCUCCAUGCAGAACCCGCGUGCUGAAGGAGGAAGCUUGGUGCUGCAGAAUAAGACGCUCGAAGAAUUAGCCGAGGGCGUGGAGAGGUACCGCAGCGACGGCCAGGUGAUAGGGAUGAGAGACAAUUUCAAGGCUGUGUACAAAGGGCUUCAUCAACGACUACCUCAUCGGCAGAGAGAACCGUUGGGGGAGGAGGAUAUCGAGAGGAAGUGA